AUGUCUCAAGUCUUUCCAUUCUUCUGCCUCCCUCGAGAAUUGCGCGACAACAUCUAUGCAGAAGCUGGAGGCAUUGACGUGAGGUGCAACACUGUACUUCCUCGCUCAAAAACCAAGGACGACGCCGAAAUGAACUUCCUGAUCGUACUAGCGACCGCCACUUCCAGGCCUAGGCCGAAUCUGCUCCUCGUAUCUCGUGCUUUCGGCGUCGAGAUGAGGAAGUUCCAGGUUAAUUUUAAGGAAGCGCUCGAUGAUGAGAGCCCCGUUCUUGCACCUUUUUUCAACGUCCGCGAACCCUUCCAGCCUACUCCCGUCGAGAUCCAGCGCCACGCCUUCUUCGACGAAACUAUGCUAGAAAACGAAGCCAGAUAUAUCAUUCAGUGGUCUGGGCUCAACCGGAUCACCUACGAAGCGACGUUGGCGGCUAAAGAGGGCAGUUUCUGGGGUCUCGAUCUGGAUGUGCACGAUCCUGGUGUUGUCGCUACCGACUUUGGGGCAUACGUGCAGGCGGCGGAAGUGGAGUUCGAUCACGAAUUUGAUUGA